CAUCUCGCCUGCAAUCGCCACCUGCAAUCGCCACCUGCAUCCACUGCCUGGCGGCCGUCUGCAGCAGCCGACUUGCGCGCCGUCCCCGUGCUGCAUCAAUCGACCAUCUGCCAGCUGUGCUUUGGCAGACCCGGCGGCAAACCAUCGUCGUCCUCCCUGGCCAUAACAUCCUCAGCCGCCUCUGCCUCAUACCCCUCCCUCGCAAGCCCCGUGUGUCCCUCUCUCGUUGUCGUCGAUCCGCUCAUUUGGCUGAUUCCACCAUGUCGUUCAAGGAUCAACUGAUCGCCUGGGAUGCUGCCACCAAGGCUUUCGACAAGGGCGACUAUCUCACCGCCCUGAAAAAGUACGAGUCCAUCGCGGAUACAUCCAAGAUCCACUUCAACAUCGCCACCCUCUAUUUGAUUGCCAAGAAGGUCGACAUGGCGAUCGAUGCCCUCACCCGCUCCGUUGCAUGCGACCCGUAUCUCGCCGUCUCGCUCUUUCAGCGGGGAACUUGCUUCUACAACCAGGGCCUCUUCCGGGAUGCCGUCCAGGAUUUCACUGCGGCCUACUCGAACAUGCGAGGCAAUCAGGACAUUGAUUAUACCCAGCUUGGCCUCGGCUUCAAGCUCUACGCGGCCCACAUUCUCUUCAACCGAGGACUGGCCUAUGUUGGCCUCCAGCAGACCGACAAGGGCAUCGCAGAUUUUAACGAGGCGCUGCGAAAUCGAUCGGCAGACCGAGACUUUGACAUCCUGGACGAGGCGGUGAGUCUUGGCGCCGAUGCCCACAGAGUGCUCUCGCCGUUCUACGUUCCUGCGAAUGCCAUCUACCGGCCGGACGAAAACAAAGUCAAGAACUCUGACAAGGUCGACUACCUCGGCUCCUCCAAAGUGGUCGCUGCCUCUGAGAACAGCGACGGUUUUGUGGGAUUCAGUGGCCGCCAGCAGGCUGCAACUCUGGGCCGAACACCCACCGCAAGGCCAAUCGCACGAACUGUGACCGAGAAUGUACCUCCGUCAAGGACCGUCACUCUCCCUCGCCAGGCAUCGCUUGCCCGCGGCGCCACCAUGCGCUCGGACUCGGUACCGCCCUCAGGAGCCAUAUCCAUGCCUCGGCCAACGCGCCAAAUGACCACCCAUCCGCUCGCUGAGUCUUCCGCACAAAACGGGGGCAUCUUCAGAACCCAAACCAGCACAAGCUUCUCAGACGCUCCAAAGACAGGAAUGCUCAAGGUCAAGUGCCAUUUCAAUGAAGGAAUCAAGAUCAUCCAGAUAGCCUUUGAUGCCACAUACGAGGAAAUGGUCGGCAAGAUCAAGGCAAAGCACGAAAUUACUGGAGCCAUCAAGCUCAAGUACCGUGAUAACGACGGCGAGUUUGUGCUCAUGACCGACCAAGACGACCUGGAUACUGCCAUGGAGGUCUCGGGCGUCUAUCCGGAUGGCCAGGGCAGCGACCGCCUCGAGGUCUGGUGUGCCUUGCGCUGAGCGAGCGAUAUCGUCCCUCCUCAUGCGGGCGAACGGAGGGCAAUUUCCAUUCGCUUCUAAAUCAUGUUUGUACAUACAAGUGAAACCAAUGAGCACCGCGGCGACCGGCUUUCUGUACUUUGAAGCCCUCGGGCUGCUGCUCAAUACACACACAU